AUGAUCACAGGCUGGUUAUGCUCGACCGGAUGGCAGUGCGCUAUCGUUACAAUUGCAUUUUUGGCCGGAACGAUUAUCCAGGGCCUGUUGGUAUUAAAUCUACCAGAGUACAUUCCCCAGCGCUGGCAUGGCACGAUGUUGGUCAUUGCCAUCUCAGCAUUUUCGAUCAUAUUCAACACUUUCCUUGCGAAGAAGCUCCCCUUGGUAGAGGCUCUUCUUCUCUUGCUUCACAUAAUCGGUAUAAUUGCAAUCAUUGUACCACUCGUGGUACUUGCUCCCCGCAGCAGCGCCGAAGUUGUUUUCACGAAAUUCAACAACGGCGGAGGAUGGAGUACUGCAGGGGUCGCGGUCAUGGUUGGGCUGCCCCCAGCCAUUGCGUCGAUGAUAGGCUAUGACUGUGCAGUGCACAUGGCCGAGGAAAUAAAAGAUGCAUCGAAAACACUUCCCCAAGCCAUGAUGAGUGCUGUGGGCGUCAAUUUCGUUCUAGGCCUGGCUGUUAUUCUCACCAUAUGCUUUACCGCCGGAGAUAUCGAUGCAGUCCUUGCAAGUCCAACAGGAUUCCCGUUUAUCCAGAUAUUCUUCAACGCUACCCACAGUCAUGCAGCAACCAAUGCCAUGACAUCGAUCGUCGUCAUUACACUCGUUGCAAGCACUAUCACCGAAGUGGCAACUGCUUCCAGACAGACUUGGUCAUUUGCCAGGGAUAGGGGGGUGCCAUUUGCUGAUUUUCUGUCCCACGUCAAUCCAUCAUGGAACAUUCCUCUUCACGCCGUGAUAGUCUCGCUAGUUGUGACUAUCUUACUGGCACUAAUCAACGUUGGCUCAACUACCGCCCUAAAUGCCAUUACUUCUCUGACAGUCGCCUCCUUGAUGAGUGCGUAUCUGAUCUCCAUCGGGUGCAUUUUGCUCAAACGCAUUCGCGGUGAAGCACUCCCUUCACGGCGCUGGUCUCUUGGCAAAUAUGGAGGGUUCAUCAACGCUGCAGCGAUGUUGUUCCUCCUCCCGCUGUUUAUAUUCUCCUUCUUCCCAUUGACUAAGGAGGUAAACGCCACGACGAUGAACUGGAGCUCGGUCAUCUACGUGUCAGUCAUCUUGUUUGCGACCGUCUACUACUUCGCCUAUGGCAAGAAGACAUAUGUUCCUCCAAGCUCUCUUGUGAGGAGGCCUGUCAAGCCCUGA